GGAUGUUCUUGGGUGUCGAGUUCAUGCCACACACCUAGAAAUCUCCAUAAAUUCUUUAAUAUCCUAUCUCCCGAUGUUGUCACUGCCUUUUGGUAGCUAAUAUCCUAUUCCCAAACCCUCGUGUCUGAGACCCUAUUUUGUCCUUCUUUUCGAGCACCGACUUCUGAGAGACGCGGAAAUGGCCCCGGUUACUAGCCUCCUCGCUCACCUCAAGAGUCUGUAUUCGCCAGAAGAGGAUAAGCCGGCUAUUUCGGCCCAUGCAGCAGCUGGCAUUUCGAUCUGUCUGACCCUGAUUUACGUGCUCCCUUUCUAUAUCUCACCAACAACGCGGCCAUCCGCAACUCUUAGCCGUGAUGCUCCAUCGGUGAUCAGGGCCCGGAUUCGGGCUGUAACGCUGUCUUGUAUCGUUUGUAGCUUGGCUGUGCUAUGUCUCAUUGUUACUAAAGAUGGCUCCUCUGUCUUCGGUGCCCUGAAACUCUUGGGUUGGUGGCCAGUCAACUUCGUGGACAUCGUUCGUAGCUUAAUCUUGACUUCCAUACUAUUCAUUGGGCCACUUUUCGAGCGUGGAAUUGCUGAGGGGGAAUGGAGGAGCUGGUUCAAGAAAACUCAGAUCUCCGAAACGCUGGGCGGCUGGAUUGGAUGGAGGAAUUAUAUCGCUGGUCCCAUUACAGAGGAGGUCAUGUUCCGAUCAGCCAUAAUACCUCUACAUCUUCUUGCUCGGGUUAGUCCAGGACGUAUCGUUUGGAUAGCUCCGCUGUAUUUUGGUGUCGCCCACGUGCAUCAUUUCUAUGAGUUCAGGUUGACCCAUCCGGAUACUUCAAUCAUCGCCGCGGCGCUUCGCUCUGUUUUCCAGUUCGGAUUUACAACAGUGUUUGGCUGGUAUGCCACUUUCGUCUAUCUUCGAACGGGGUCUCUUAUUUCUGUCAUCAUUAUCCAUAGCUUUUGCAACUGGUGCGGGCUUCCUCGCCUAUGGGGAAGGGUUGAGGGGGAAGUUCCAAUAGGGCCUUCCCUCAGUCGAGGGAAGGAAGAUUCUGACAGGAGCCUAGAGUAUGACUAUGAUCAGCUCGGUAUUGGAUGGAGCGUCGCAUAUUAUGUCCUCCUCGUCCUUGGGCUUAUUGGGUUCUGUUGCGCAUUGUGGCCGUUGACAGAGUCUAUACACGCUUUGGCAAAUUUCGCCAGUUCGCGAUGAAUUCCGAACCGUGCCAUAUCUCUUUGGGGCUUUUCUGUCCUCCCCGUCGUCCCAUGGAAACGUGGAAUGGGAUAUCAUUUGUACAAACACCCUUAACAAUAGCUAAAAAGGCUACACCGGACAUUUACAUGAUACACAAAUAAAUUCACUUGGUU